AUAAAGUAAUAAAAAAUAAUUUUCACAUAGUGUUUUGCCUUGAUGAUUAUGAUUUGAUUUGUCCAUAAUGAGUUGUGAAAAUUUGGUGGCGAAGUUAACCUUUGCACGACGAUGCUUAUGAGUCAAAUCAAGAGCAUUGGAUGCGCACGGUCCAAAACAAGACACACAGAGAGAGUCAAAUAAAGUAGGUUGGAUUAGAUAUGAUUUUUUGUAGAACACUAAUUUCUCCAUCUUCUUCAUUCCCAACUUUCACUUUCACUCAAUUUUACCACAAAAAGUUCCCUCCUCUGAUGGGUCUGUUUCAAAUCUGCAACUUUGCAAAAGUGUGGAGCCAUAAACUUGCAAUCGUUGAAUAAUUCUGGUGAGGGCAUCAAUCUCAUAAUAUGAGCAUGGCUCAGACUGUGGAGGUUGUAAAAGGUGGAGGAGGAUCCAUCAAGCUUGGGACCACUGGAACAAUCAGCUCCUUGAUGACAAGGGAAUUGGAUCACGUUCCUUCUGCCCCAAAGAAGCUGGUAUCUUCAACAAGGACUAAAACUCAAACACUUCCUGUUUCAGUUCCCUGUGGCAGUGCAACCCAAAAAAGACUACAACCAAGAAAAUCAUCGGUUGAAGCCAGUAGCAGUGGAAGCAGUAGAAACACAAACCGUAGAGGCCCUGGCAAUGGCAUGCCCCAGAAAACAAAAACAAAAACAAAUGGCAGAAAUACACAGACAAUACCCAUGCUAGGUUCUGAUAAAUGUUCAUUGAGCAGAACUCCAGUGAGGGAGAAAAAUGAUAAGAAAAUACCUAACAUUGUUGAAGUUGUGGACAUAAGAUGUGGGAGUGCAGAAAAGGCUUGGGCUACACCCUUAGCAAGUCGUCUAAAGAAGCUUGGGUUUUCAAAGCUAUCCGAGAGCAUAAUCUAAACCUGGAAUUUUUUUGUGUCAGACUUCAGAUUCCUGUAACCGAAAGCUGAGGUCCCAUUUGGCCUACCAUUGUCUGAUACAUCAACCACAGAACACAUACUUGGUAAAAGCCUGCUGCUACUCACUCGCUUUUUCUUUGUAAUUUCUUCUACUGUAGAUGCAAUUGUGGUUCUAGAACUUGUACUACUAACGGAGGAACCCACCUCUGUGAUUUGAGACUUGUUCCUUUGUGAAUUUGAAUCAAUCCUGCUGAAGUACUCGAUUUCUUGCAUUAUGAGGGAUGCUACUGUGCCUCGGGUUCCUAUUUCCACUGGGGGAAAUCCAGCCAUAUUUUUUGAGUCAAAGGAAGUGGCUUUAUGCAUGCUAUGUUUGGUUUGUGUUGGGGAGAAAGCAUGAUCUUUUGAUUUAUGCAGGGUUGUUUGUGAUUUUGUUCUAGUGGGAAAACUGCAGAGACUCUGAGGCAUUUCUUGUGUUGCAGGAGAUGUGGUUUCACAAGAAUGCUUCACUUUAUGUUGUGUAUCUGAAAUGCAUGGCACAGGUCUGUGAGAUGUGAAACUGCAUUCAUGUGGUUGCAGUUAUAACAGUGUAGUUCCUAACUACUAUACCACCUUUUUAAGUUUCAUCAUGUUCCUAAGUACAUGGUAGGAUCUGAUGGGAUUCAUGUGAAAGAUAAAAGUAGCAGCUAGGUGGGAUAGUAGGAUCACAUCCAUAGGCUACCUAAAUCAGGAAAGCAAAAUCACUUUGUCACACACAAUCACAUACAUAGACUCAUAAGUCUUGUGAUUUGAAUACAACCUAGAAAGAAAACCAGGAUGCAAGAUUCAUGUAUCUUGACAAAUUUUUCUGUUUUGCAACUGUAGUAUUAUAGUAUGUUAUCCAUUUUAAUUGUUCUUGGUAUUAUAGAAUCCAUUUCUUGGAUC